CGUGACACACAGUCAGAAUGUAGCACAAACACCCGCAACAGCAACGCAACAGAAACACCAAACAAAAAAAAAUCCACUCUCAAAAGUCGACAUUCGCCGAGAAGAAGAACAAUAGUGUGAUGUUCUCCCGGAGGUGGAGGUUCGGUUGGGACAGGCACAGUGAGGUGGACCUCUUCGCAGACCGUUAUGACACCAGCCCAGAGACCCUGUCCCAGGCCAUCAGAGCUGCAGCCUCUGAGGAGCCGGACGCAGAUGGCAGCGUGCUGUUUGGCCACCUGCAGGGCACUGUGGUCGGCCUCAGAUAUUAUACAGGAGUGGUGAAUCAAGGUGAGAUGGUCGGUCUAGUGAGACAGCCACAGAACCAGUACGACCGCAAUGCAGUGAUGGUCGCCAAUAUCUAUGGCAACCAAGUGGGCCACAUCAAGCGGGAGCUGGCAGCAGCUAUGGCUCAUGUCAUGGACAACAAUUUGGCUAAAGUUGAGGGGGUGGUACCCUCAGGGACGAAAAACUCGUUCACCAUGCCAUUGAUGUUGUCCUUCUGGGGGAGCGAAGAAAACAAAAAUGCUGUGAUCGAGAGCAUGGCUCGUCGCGGAUUUAAACUGAACACAGGAGGAGGCAAAGCAACAGGUGCAAAUCAGAAUAGUCAAGGUGCCCGUGCGUUGUCAUCUAAGAAAGGCUUGACCAUCCCACUAACUGCAGAGGAGCUGAAGAAUGCAUUUGACAACCUUUUCGAUGGCUUGAUGGAGAGUGAAGACGGAGAGAAACAAGCAGCCGAGUCUGUGGGAACUCCUCUCCUGCCUCACCAGAAGCAGGCGCUGUCCUGGAUGUGUGCUCGAGAAAACAAGUCUGCGCUGCCGCCGUUCUGGGAGAGGCGAGGCGAGCUCUACUAUAACCGCCUCACAUGUUUCUCUGCCAAAGAAAUACCAGAGAGAAUUCGUGGGGGGAUACUGGCAGAUGACAUGGGACUGGGAAAAACUCUGACAACCAUCGCUCUGAUUCUCACCAACUUUCACAAAGGAAAGCCUCUGCCUGUGGAGAAAUGUGAGGAGCAGCCUUCACCUGUCAAAGCCAAAACUAAACCAGAGAUGGCCUCCAAACUGGAAGGUCGUAGCAGUAGAGCAGGAAUGAGUGAAGCAGCAGCUGGUUCGCUACGCUCAAACCUUUCUCAGGUGGAGGUGAUUUGUGAUGAUUCGGCAGACGUAGUGGACAAGUCAGAAAAGAGUACCAGCAAAGGAAAGAAGAAAGCGACCAAGCGAAAGCCCUUAAAAGAGCCCCCUAAAUUUAUUGAGGAUCUGGACUUUGCUGCAGCACUGGGUGGCUCAGCAGCAGAUACGAGUCUAAAGAAGAAGAAAACUGCCGCUCCUACACAGAGUGUGGACUCCUCCAUCACUGAAAGUGCAGAUGACUUAUCAGCAAGAACAACUCUCAUCAUCUGCCCACUCUCUGUGAUCAGCAACUGGCUGGACCAGUUUGAGCAGCAUGUACGUGCUAACGUGAAGCUAAACGUGUAUCUGUAUUACGGCGCAGAGCGCAACAGGAGCAAGACCUUUUUGUCCUCUCAGGAUGUGGUGAUUACAACCUACAACGUCCUCUCUGCCGACUUUGGGAAUAAGAGUCCCCUCCAUGGGAUCAAUUGGCUGAGGGUUGUGCUGGACGAAGGACACGUCGUAAGAAACCCUAAUGCACAGAUGAGUAAGGCUGUGCUUGGCCUAAAUGCUCAGCGACGCUGGAUUUUGUCAGGUACUCCUAUCCAGAACAGUGUGAAGGACCUGUGGAUGCUGCUGGCCUUCCUGCGUCUGAAGCCCUUCGAUGCCAGAGAGUGGUGGAACAGAGUGAUCCAGAGACCCGUCACUCAAGGAGACAGGGCCGGCCUGCAGAACCUUCAGAGCCUGGUGAAGUGCAUCACCCUGCGGCGGACCAAGGGCAGCCAGGUGAACGGGCGCCCCCUGGUGUCUCUGCCUGAGAAGACAGUGUGUGUGGAACAGGUCGAGCUGAGCCAGUCGGAGAGAGAGGAGUACGAGCUGGCUCGCAAUGAGGGGAGAAACACCAUCGGCAGAUACGUAACUGAAGGGACAGUCUUGAGGAAUUAUGCUGAUGUGUUGGCCAUCCUGAUGAGGCUUCGACAGCACUGCUGCCACCCUGAUCUGCUGCAAAAAACAUCCUCAGACCUGGGCGCUCCAGCGACGCCUGCAGAGAUGCGGGAGCGUCUGAUAGAGAAGCUGCGGUUUGUGUUGGCCAGCGGCUCAGACGAGGAGUGCUCGGUCUGUCUGGAGUCGGUGCACCUGCCCGUCAUUACACACUGCGCCCACGUUUACUGCCGGCCCUGCAUCGCCCAGGUUAUCAGCACUGAGCAGGAAACAGCGCGUUGUCCUCUCUGUCGAACUGAGAUCAAGACCAGUGAACUGGUGGAGUUUCCACAGGAGGAUAUGGAGGAAGAGAAGAGUACAAACCCUGAGGGGUGGAGGACAAGCUCAAAGGUGCAGGCGCUGAUGGGAAACCUGCUCAGGCUGCGAUGUGAAGACGGCAGCAUUAAGUGUUUGAUCGUCUCUCAGUUUACACGCUUCCUCUCAAUACUGGAGACUCCACUCAGAGAGCACGGUUUCAGUUUUGUGCGUUUUGAUGGCACCAUGAGCCAAAAGAAGAGGACUCAGGUCAUCCAGGAGUUUCAGAGCCCUGCAGCCGACAGCCCUACUAUCAUGCUUCUGUCGCUCAAAGCUGGAGGGGUGGGGCUUAACUUGACUGCCGCCUCUCAUGUGUUCUUCAUGGACCCUGCAUGGAAUCCUGCUACAGAGGAACAGUGUAUCGACCGCUGCCACCGUCUGGGACAGACGAGGAACGUUUUCGUCACCAAGUUCAUUGUGAAAAGUUCAGUGGAGGAGAACAUGGUGAAGAUCCAGAGGCAGAAGCAGGACCUGGUGGAGAAGGCUUUUGGUUCCAAAAACAGUGAUAGGAGAACGUCUCGCAUGGAUGAAAUCAAAGCUCUGAUGGAGCUGUAGACGUCUGACCAAGUACAGUUCCAAUGUUUGUGUUGUUCCAAUGUUAAUACAUAAGUCCAUGUUCAAACAGUUGCCUGUGUUCCUGAUGGUUCAGACAGGUCACAUCCGAAGGACCACCGAGAUUUAUUUUGUACACAUUGUCAAUUUUCUGCUAUUUUGAAAGUGUUUAUAGUUCAUCGGGAAUGUUGUUACUGUUCUUACUGUUUUAUUUCUACUUAUUUUUCAUGUUUAAAGUUUUGAUACUGAUCAUUAACAGGACAAAACACUGUUGUUCAGUAGCGAUGCGUAGGAGCGGUUUGUCUUUAUCUCCAACUUGAUCAUAAAAACGUCAAAGCUGUGUUUAAAAUAUGGAGGUGGCUGAUAAGGAUUUCGUCAAAAGUUUAUCCCCCGGAAUAAAGACUGAGUAGAGAAGCACACCUGUUCUAGCAGCUUGAGGUAACAGCCGUGAUGACUAAGAUGUUCUGUACGUAGGAUUUAUUUGUUUGGCAUCUCUGGAUUGAAGAAAUGCAGCCUGCUGAUAAUGUACAUUUGAAGCUACUGUAUUUAAACAGACACGGAGCAGCUUUCAGAACUUCAAUGUCUGUUUAACCAAAAUCAUGACAUUAAAUGGAAACAUCUGUUUACUACACAAUCGAAUAAUCAUUUAAGUGGUCGCACUAUGUGCUUCUCAAAUGUUCGGAUUUGUUGCUUUUCUCUGUUUUAUGAUACGAGUCGUACAAACCAAGAUAUUAAAAGAUGUCACUUUUCGCCAUUUUUUACUACUCUGUGAAAUCUCAUUGACCAGACAAUCAAUUGA